AAAUUGAAGGAACUCUUUUAUUUAUUUAUUUAUUGUGAUAACAAGAAUAAUGUGUGUUGAAUAGUGGAGUACCUAGCUAGCCCGCUACUGUUAGCGUGUCAUGCUCUCUGGCUAACAUAUGUAACGUUAGCUAGCUUGCGAUAGACAGAUUGCCAGUCUACGUGAAAUAGUAGCUAACCUAAGUGGACCGCAUUUAGCUAUUUAACGGUUCUGAAGUAGACCCAGUCACAACAUUAUUGACCAAUCAUGGUGAAGAAGAAGCGCAUCCGCCUGAUCGCUGAGAUGGCCCGGAAGAUCCGUGCGUACCGGGAGCUUAAGAAUCGGCCACGGGAGUCUGAGAAGUACGCACUGGACUACGACACCAUGACGCGACCGCACACCAGGAAGACCCUGCCCGUGCUUGCCUGGCAGGACGUGAGGAGAGAGAGCCGUCUCUUCUCCCUGCUGUCUGGCCUCAAGAUGUUCGGGGUGGGCCAUCUGUUCACACGCAAGUCCUGGCUGACAGAGCACCCUGAAGCACCUAGCUACUGGCAGGUUACCAAGGUCAAGGUGGACUACACUGCAGAAAACAUGGACCACGGCAGAGCAUGGGGAGUCCUGACCUAUAAAGGCAAGCAGGAGAGUGAAGCGAAGGAGAUGGACAAGGUGAUGUACCAUGACUGGCGUCUGGUGCCCAAACAUGAGGAGGAGCAGUUCAAACUCUACGACCCUGUUCCUGAGCCCCCCAUACGCUAUGUGUCGUACCCGCCCCUGCUCCGUGCCAUGCUCCUCGCCCAGCGGCAGAAAGAUGAGCUAGGGUCGGCGGCUGAGGAGCCAACCUUACCCCUAAAGAGGGAUGUCCUACUCAGCAAAGAGUACUUCAGAAGUCAGGAGAAAAAGAGGGAGGGGACAGCAGUGUGAGAGAGGGGUCAAGAGGAAAGGGGGUGAAAGGUUACCUGCAAGGGACUGUGAUGUCAACUUGGAUAGAUCAUAGGCUGCGUUCUGUUUCUCAAAGUAUUGAAUUGGUGCAAGCAUGGAGUUUUGACCAUAUCCUUUGCACCAAUCCAUUCCAUUUAAAUCCAUGAGAAGGUGUAGGAGUGCACAUCUCAGGAAAAGGGUAGAGAAUUGGACCACAGCUAUAGCCGUUUUCCUUUACAUUCAUAUGAGCCUUCUAUAACAAUUCCUCUGAAUAGAAAGAAUUUGGAUCAUCAGAUGGACUUGAGUGACAGCUUGCUGUAAGGUUUCCACAACUGGCACUUGUCUCUUAUGCAUAUUGUAAUGUGAUGCUUGUGUGUUUGUAUUGUAAAUAGUAAAAUAUAAUACUACAUUAUGAAAA